CCAAAAAAGUCAAGUUGGAAGCGCGUCUUAUUCCUUUUAUUUUACAAGUUGUGAGCGAGUAGUGGAAGGAUGGGUGACGAGUUCUUUAUCAAGUGGUGUUCUACUGAUGACUCUCCACAGGAAUGCCAGAACCAGUUUGACCGUCUCCUAACACAGCUAGCAUCCAUAGAACAUUCUUCACUUAAAUGGAAGGCAAUUGUUGACAUGAAUCAGGAGGAGAUAAAACAUUAUGAACUGCUAAGAGAUGAAACCAGCAGAAGUGUUGAAGAUGCUUAUGUAGCUAUUGGUAUUGCCAAACAAGAGUUAGAAGAAGCCAGGCAGGUACGACGGAACAGGCUCGAGUAUGAUGCUUUGGCAAGACUAAUCAAGGAACACCCACCACGUUCAGAUACAGCUAAUAAAUUGGCACACCUUACACAGCACCUGCAUUCUCUCAAGUCAAAGAGAGACCAACUGGAGGAGAAGCUGAGCCUGAGACGCAAGCAGCUGCACGUCCUGGUGACUGCGCUCCAUCAGCUGCAGCAACGCUCCUGUACGACAACUCGCCAUCCCAGACGAGGACGACCCUCGUUGAUGAGAUCAUAGACUUAACCAACCAGCAGCGACUAUAGAUCUCACUGGGUCUGGGGCUGCAAUGGAUACGUCAUAGGCUCAAGGGUUUGGCUUAGAGGGAAUAGAGGUGUUUCUUUUUCAUAUUGCAAUAUCUGUCGUCAGUCAUUGUUGUUAUUG